ACAAGAAGAAGUUACCGGAAGAAACCCCUGACAGUUUCCGGUUGUUUCAUGAUGGCCGUGUUGUACACAAACGUGUUUCUCCGUCAUGACUAACUGAUGCACGUGGAUGUCAUGUUUUUGGGGAAACGUGUAUUACAAGAGCAAGCUCAAGAUAAUUUUUGGAAGAAGCUAAAUAUUGAUUUCGUAUAGCAACAAACAAACACUUCUCGGUAUUCAAAUAUAGAGUCUCAUUAGCUACAGUAGCUAGCUGGCUAGCUAACAAAAAGUUGGAGCCAUGUCAGGGCUUACUGUAUUUGUAAAUAAAUUGCCUGUAACUGCCUCGAAUGAACGACUCGAGGAAAUAUUUUCUGAGAUUGGCCCGCUGAAGCAGUGUUUUGUUGUCAAAGAAAAAGGUGGCGACAAAUGCCGAGGUUUUGGAUAUGUCACCUUCUCAAUGGAGGAGGAUGCAAAGCGUGCGCUGAAAGAAGUAUGUCUCUAUGAUGGCCGCAAGAUAACAGUCGAUGUGGCUAAAAGGAAAAUCAUUGACAAGAAGGGUAAAGCAUCCACAACGCCAGAAACCAAAACGACAGCAGGCACACCGCCAGCCCCUCGAAAAGAGCAGAAAACAAACAUACCGAAGAACUCCCUGAGGAAAGCAAGGCUAAUCAUCAGGAAUCUCAGCUUCAAGUGCUCUGAGGAGGAUCUGAGACAGACCUUUGCCAAGUUCGGGACUGUUCUCGAGGCCAACAUCGCUCUGAAACCAGAUGGGAAGAUGCGAGGCUUUGCGUUUGUCCAGUUUAAGAACCAGUUGCAGGCCGGAAAGGCCCUGAAGGCCACGAACCUGAAGGAAAUCAAAGGGCGGCAGGUAGCUGUGGACUGGGCUAUAGCUAAAGACAAGUUUCUUGCCUCUCAGCCACCCGCUGCCUCAGGAAUUAAGAACGGGGAGAAGAUUGCGUUAAAGAAACCAACAGCUGACUCUAAGGAGGAAGAAGAAGAAGAAGAAGAGGAGGAGGAGGAGGAGGAGGAGGAAGAAGAGGAGAAACCAGUCGCACCUCAAAAGAAAAAAGCCACCUCCAAGCCUGCCCCUCCUCUGCCAGAAUCCCCAUCAGAGGAUGAGAGUGAGGAGGAGGAGGAAGGUGCUGAGGGUGAAGAGGAUGAUGAUGAUGACGAGAAUGAUGAUGAGUCCCAAGAGGGAGAUGAUGAUGAGGAAAGUGAACUUGGGUCUGAUGACGCCGAUGAUGACGAUGACGAGGACGAAGAUGAGGAUGACCUAGGCCAGCCUGCCAGGAAGAAGCGGAACCUCCCCUCUGACAUCAACGAGGGCAAAACCGUCUUCAUCAGGAACCUGUCGUUCGAUACGGAGGAGGAGGGUCUGGAGGAGGCUCUCCUGCGCUACGGGGAGCUGAAGUACAUCAAGAUCGUGGUCCACCCAGACACCGAGCACUCCAAAGGCUGUGCGUUCGCUCAGUUCAAGUGUAAGGAGGCAGCGGACAGGUGCAUCAACGUGUCUCAGGACGAGUCGGAGACCGGCGGCAUCCGAGUAGAUGGGAGGAAGCUGAACAUCGUCGCGGCGGUGACCCGAGAGGACGCCACCAAGCUGAAGGACAAGAAGGUGAAGGUGGAGACGGGCACCAGGAACCUGUACCUGGCCAGGGAAGGACUGAUCCGUGCGGGAACCAAGGCAGCGGAGGGCGUACCGGAGGCAGACAUGGCCAAAAGACAGAGGUUUGAGGAGCUGAAGCGGACCAAGCUGCGGGACAUCUCUGUGUUCGUGUCCAAGACGAGGUUGUGCAUCCACAACCUGCCAAAGUCGGUUGACAACAAGCAGCUGAGAAAACUCUGCCUGGAUGCGGCUGGGGGAGGCAAGGCAGUCCGCAUCACUGAGUGCAGGGUGAUGUACGACAAGAAGCCAGAGAGGGGUCAGAUCACCGGCCGGUCGCUCGGUUAUGGGUUUGUGGAGUUCCAGGACCACGAGCAUGCCCUGAAGACCCUGCGACACCUCAACAACAACCCUCAGAUCUACGGCUCGAAUAAGCGGCCCAUUGCGGAGUUCUCCCUGGAGGACGGGAGGAAGCUGAAGAUGAAGGAGGCUCGACAGCAGCAGAGCAAGCGUUUCAGGAAAGAGCCCGGUACAGGAGGACGACCCCAGACCGGGGGCGGGGCCGGCCCUCAGAAGGGCGUGGCUGGACCGAAGGGUGUCACGGUGACGGGAGAGGGCCAGGCAAAGACACAGGCCAAGACCGGAGCCCAGGGUCCAAAGCAGGGCCAGGCCCAGGUUCAGAAGCAGGGCCAAGGUCAGAAGCAGGGCCAAGCCCAGGUUCAGAAGCAGGGCCAAGGUCAGAAGCAGGGCCAAGCCCAGGUUCAGAAGCAGGGCCAAGGUCAGGAGCAGGGCCAAGCCCAGGUUCAGAAGCAGGGCCAAGCCCAGGGCCAGGAUCAGAAGCAGGGCCAGGAUCAGGUUCAGAAGCAGGCCCAGGGUCCAAAGCCGGGCCAGAAGCGGGGCCACGAUCAGAUACAUGGCCAGAACCAGGGCCAGGGCACGUUCUACUCUGGGUUCCAGACUAAGCCAGAGGUGGAACACAUAGAACUGGAGGAUGGCAAGAAGCGAAGGAAGAUUCUGCCCUUUCCUUCACAUCGAGGACCCAAGAUCAGACUGAGGGACAAGGGCAAGCCACAGCCUCCCCAGCCCAAGAAGGCCAAGAACCACCCCAGCAGACGAGAACGUCAGGGAGGGCAGACGCUGGAGAAACCCAUCCAGCCCAGAGCACAGAGCUCUAAGGCGUCCAGGAGGCAGGUUAGGAACAGAGAUGAUGUCCGCUUUGACAGCCUGGUGGAGCAGUACAAGAAGAAACUGAUGGGAGGCUACAAGUCCACAGCUACCAAGAAGAGCAAAUGGUUCAGCAGCUAGUGUGUGUGCUUCUGUGAGUUGUGGUGUGUGCAUACAUGAGAACAAGCCAAAAUAAAUCCCUCGUCUUGUUUAGAAUGUCUGCGAUAAUUGGGAGGAAUUAAGGAUGGAUUUGGGUUCACAUGUUAAACAUUCAUUCAUUUAAAUGAUGGUUGUAAAUCCACUGCAUUCAACUGCUGGUACCAUCUUUUAAUGUGUACAGUAUCAGCUUUGUUUGACGCAUUGUUAAACUAGUUUCUGUCUAAAGUAUGACACUGUCAUUCUUCCCCUCGUGUCAUGUUUGUUCAAAUUGUCGAGGACUUGUGCAAAAUAUAUCAUUCAUGUAAAUGAGUGGCAUUUUUAAUAAAUCACGUUUUGAGACGUCA